AUGGCCCUGGCCGCCUUCCUGGAUGAGCUGCAGGCAGAGGCCAGCUGCCCCGUGUGCCUGGACCCCCUGCGAGACCCGGUCACCCUCGACUGCGGCCACAACUGCUGUGGGCCCUGCCUCCGCCAGCGCUGGCAAAGCCUUCAGGACGUCCUCCCCUGCCCCAUCUGCCAGCACCACUGCCCCUCCAGGGAUGCCCACAGGAACCCCCAGCUGUGUGCCCUGACGGACCUCCUGAGGCAGCUGCCCUCCUCUAGCAGCCAGGGCAGGAGGCAGGAGGAGGAGGCCCUGUGUGUCCAGCACCACCAGGCCCUGGCCCUGUUCUGUGAGGAGGACCUGGAGCUGCUGUGUGCCCAGUGUGGGGCCUCCUCCCCCCACCGGGGCCACCCCCUGGUACCCCUGGAGCAAGCUGCUGCUCAGCACAGGGAGAAGCUCAAGAGCUCCCUGGAGCCCCUCAGGAAGCAGGUGGAAGAUGCUGAGAGGGGCUUAGCCACGCAGGUCUCCAAAACGCAGGAACUGAGAGAAACGGUGGAAGCUCGAAUGAGUGAGUUGUACUUUGAAUUCGCACACUGUAAGAGUUACCUGGAUAAGGAGAGGGAUGCCACUGAUACCCGGGUGCUGAUGGAAAUGUCUCAUGUUUACAUGAAAGUCACUGAAGGCAGAAACCAGAUGUCAGACUACGGCGCCACACUCAAGAGUCUGCUUCGGGAAAUCAGCACCCAGUGUGUGCAGACAGACCUGGGGUUACUGAGGGGGGUCAGAAGCAGCCACCUCCAGUGGAGCAGGUACGCUAACCUAGAGGCCCCAGCAGCCUAUUCAUACAAAUGCAAGAUGACUUUUAGUCUCUCCCCACAUUACAUUGGUCUGCAAAACAUCAUGGACACGUUUCAGGUGGAUUUGACUCUAGACCCCGAGACCGCGCACCACAACCUCAUUAUCUCACGAGACAGGAAAUCCGCCAUCUUUACCUACGAAAGGGUGGCACCGAACGACGUUGCUCAUCCCAAGGCGUUUACCUCCCGUGAGGCUGUCCUGAGCGCUCAGGGGUUCGAGGCCGGCAGGCACUUUUGGCAGGUGGACAUCCGAGGCGCGGGUGUGUGGUCCCUGGGUGUGUGCAAGGAAUCUUUCCCCAGGGAUGCCCUGGCACCUCCCUCCCCCUGCAAUGGCUGCUGGCAGUUUCAGCGGCCCACCGGGACACGCCUCCACUCCCCUGUGGCAGCAAAACUUCGAGUUGGCGUUUUCCUGGACUACGAGUUGGGAGAGAUUUCCUUUUACAGUUUGAGUACCAGAUCCCAUCUGUGUACGCUGACGGGCACCUUCACAGACAGGCUCAUCCCCUAUUUCUCCCUCGGACCUUGUUCUUCAUCAUUUUCCAUGACUCUAGUCACAGAUGAGAGCUGA